CGUUCUUUGAGUCGCAAACCGAGAACAGCAACGACAAUGUCUGGAAGAGGCAAAACCGGCGGCAAGGCUCGCGCCAAGGCCAAGACCCGUUCAUCUCGUGCUGGUCUCCAGUUUCCUGUGGGCCGCGUGCACAGACUGCUACGCAAAGGCAACUACGCCGAGCGCGUGGGCGCCGGCGCGCCCGUCUACUUGGCGGCCGUGCUGGAGUAUCUGACCGCUGAGAUCCUCGAGCUGGCCGGAAACGCCGCCCGCGACAACAAGAAGACCCGCAUCAUCCCAAGGCACCUGCAGCUGGCCGUCCGCAACGACGAGGAGCUCAACAAACUGCUGGGCGGAGUCACCAUCGCUCAGGGCGGCGUGCUGCCCAACAUCCAGGCCGUGCUGCUGCCCAAGAAGACCGACAAGCCGGCCAAGGCCAAGUAGACCCAUAGCCGACCUCAACACACACAAAGGCUCUUUUAAGAGCCACACACUUCUCACAAAGAGAUUCCUGUCUACUUUGUUAAUUUAAUGUCAGACGUGUAAGCACAACUCAACCUAGAAACUCUAUGAUCUUUUAAAUGAAUGGAAAGCA